ACUUCCCUUUAUCCCUUCUGCCUCAUUUCUUCCCAGCCACCAGAAGAAGCGGACCAGUAUCUGUUCUUUCUCCCCAUCAAUGGCGCCUAGGGGCGGCUACACAGUAGAAGGAGGAAGCUCAAUAACGUCCAUGGAUCUAGGCCACGGGAGUGUUGAAUCAGGCGAAUCUCUCCAGCCGGAACACCGUAUUGUGGAUGAACCUUCAAAAGAUAUUCUGGAUCCGGAGUUCUACGGCAUAGACACGUCCUCUGCACACAGAUGCAUUCACGGAAUGCAUCCAGCAAAAAAAGUUGCGUUCGUCUACGCAGCCACAGGGAGGAGGUUCCUAGGAUGCCCUCUCUCGGGAGAUGAUAUGUGCCACUGGUUCUUGUGGAUUGAUGAACCAUGGGGUCCAGUACUUAGCCGUUCAAUAAAAAACCUAUGGGAUCAAACUUCUCGGGUCGCUGACAGAGCAGCAAUGUUGGAGACAAAGAAGAAGGAAAUGGAGCACGCUUACUUAGAUCUUUGGACUGAAAGAAGCAAUAUGGAGAUAGAACACGAGCAGGUUGUCAACGGUUUGAAGAACAGAUUAGUUGACAAUGAGAUUAAGAUGUCCAGGAGGUUGGAUUUUCACAUUAAGUUGUGUGUGGCAUCUAUUUCUUCAGCUGUUACUCUAGCUUCAGUGCUGGCUUAUGUUCUAUCUACAUUGACAUAGCAAUGUAGUUUAUUAGAAAGUACGUGUUUGCUUCACAUCGAAAGCAUUUGUCUGCUUCAUAUCAAUGUUUGGGCAGAAUGUAUGACAAUUAUGUGAGCAGAAUUACCCUUUGUUUUGAAUGAACUCAUUUGUUAUGAAUCUA